ACCACGAUGCCUCCCCGAAUACCGUUUCUCAGCACAGCGUCGUGCUGCCGAGUCGCCGUCAACACUCCCGCCGCUUCAUUGACAGCCUGUCUCGCCAGACUCACCCUCCAGCAGACCCAAACCCGUAAUGCUUCGAUCCUAGGCAGCCUGGCCAACAAUGCCGGCGCCAUCAAGAACAGAAAACGAGUCGGUCGCGGUCCCUCCUCGGGCCACGGCAAGACUUCCGGACGAGGCCACAAGGGUCAAAAACAGCAUGGAAAGGUCAAGCCCUGGUUCCAGGGUGGCCAGACACCUUUGAUUGUGAAGCACGGCCGGAAGGGUUUCGACAACUUCCGAGCGCCCAAGAUCUCCGAGGUGAACCUGGACCAGAUCCAGAACUGGAUCGACCAAGGCCGACUCGACCCCUCCAAGCAAAUCACGCCAAAGGAGCUGAUCGAAAGCAAGCUGAUUGGCAGCGUCAAAGACGGCGUCAAGAUUCUCUCUCGCGGCGACGAGAUUCUCAGACAACCCAUCAACGUCAUGGUGUCAAGAGUCUCAGCAGGCGCAAUUGCUGCCAUUGAAGCCGCAGGAGGCAAGGUUCUCACCAGAUACUACACGAGACUGGCCAUUCAGCGACUGCUUACCGGCGAGUCUGUCAACACCGACCGGCCCCUACCAGUUGGCCCCGAGCAUGUGGAGUCAAUCUUGGCGGAGGCGAGAAAGGGCCCAUUCCGAUACAGAUUACCGGACCCUACGAGCCGUGCCGACAUCGAGUACUACCGAGACCCUGCGCACAGGGGAUACCUAAGCCAGCAGGUUGCUCCAGGCCAGUCACCCAGUCUGUACUUUAGGGUGCCUGGUGGCAUAGCAUUCGAAUUGUAUUUUAUUCGUAGAUAUACCCAGGUAGUCAGCUCUUCCAUCGCCUAUCUGCCCUGCAGAUAUGACGGGGCCACGACUCCCAGCAGUCUAGCUUCUCCAACGUCUAUACUACACUCGGCGUCUCACACCCCCCGCGAGCAACCGACUCUCUCGCCUCUUGCUGUCUGGCUUCUCGUCCGUCUUCUUUUUGCCCUCUCCAUCCUCGGAAGAGACACACGCGAGCUUCGACAUCCACCACCGGCCGGCCAUCGCAGCAUGUCGCUCUUUGGAGACGAGCCCAGCGACAGUGGCCCAACCACGGGCUCGCCGCCGGGCCCUCGAGGCGGCCUUUUCGACGACGAACCUGCGUCGGGCCGCAACUCGUCCAGCCUCUUCGACGACAACAGCGGCGCCUCGUCGCCCUGGGACAUGCCCACGCCGCGCAAGCAGCGCAGCCGCUCCGAGAUGAUCCGCAGCCUGCUGCCGGCCGAGGACGUGCCCGAGAGCUACGCCGGGGCCUUUGACGCCGUCGUGGGCGAGGACGGCCGAGACGGCCAGGUCACGGCCGCCGGCAUCGCCAAGCUGUUUGCCGUGGCGAGGCUGGAUGCCGAUGCCCAGGCGCGCAUCAUGGCGCUGGUGGCUCCUGGCCAAGGGUCCGACGUCUUGCUGUCGCGCAACGAGUUCAACGUGGUGCUCGCGCUGAUUGGCCUGGCGCAAGAGGGCGACAUCAUCAGCCUCGACGGAGUGGAUGAGCGCCGACGAAACAUACCUCAGCCCAACCUACCAGGACUUACCGCCGAACCCAUCAUGCCUCCCAUCAGUGAACUUGCGGCGAAACCACCACAGGUCCCUUCCAAACAUGGGCCAGAAUCCGAGCCGUACAAGCCUGAGCCUCAACCCCAGCCACAGCCGCAGCCGCAGCUUCCCGCGGAACCACAGCCCGAGCCUGAGCUUCCGCCGCCUCCUUCAAGCGUCCUUACCAGAUCAACCUUGGUUGACCCCGAAGACGAUCCGUGGAACGCGCCAGACCUGCACAAGGGCCAUUCCCAUUCCCGUUCAAACGGUUCGGAGAAUCACACCCCUGCGGUCACUGGACACGACCACGAUUUCAGCCAGCAUGCGCCUCCAUCGUACGAUCCACGUCUCACAACCAACAACUACAGUGCUCCGCCCGAGAACGCCCGCCCAUCCAACCGCCCAAGGCAAGCCUCGAGCAGCUCUUUGACUGGCCAAGGCGGCUGGGGAGCUGGUUUCUAUGGCAGCUCACCUGGUGGUGGCUUCAACGAUAUGCCGCCUCAGGGUCAAAACCCACCGAUGCCCACUAUGCAGAACCUAUUUGGAACAGAUGGCGCUGAUUCAGGGCCUGGAGCGCCGCCUACCAUGGCACUACCCCGAAGCCUGGGCGGCCGCGUAGGUAACAACGCAGAGGAAAACGUCGUCGUAACGCUCAUGCCAGGAAAGGAGGGUAUCUUCAUGUUUCAGCACCACAACUACGAGGUUACGAGCCAUCGACGAGGGAGCAAAGUCGUUCGCCGGUACAGCGACUUUGUCUGGCUGUUGGACUGCUUGCACAAGAGAUAUCCGUUUAGGAUGCUGCCGCUGCUGCCUCCCAAGCGUGUGGCUGUCAAUGGCAAUCAUCUGUCCAACGACGGCGCCUUUAUUGAAAAACGACGACGAGGGCUGGCUAGAUUCCUAAACGCUCUCGUACGCCAUCCAGUUCUGAGCCAAGAGCAGCUGGUCGUCAUGUUCUUGACUGUUCCUACAGAACUUGCCGUAUGGCGAAAGCAAGCAAACCUUUCUGUCCAAGACGAAUUCUCCGAUCGAGUACUGCCCCCCCAUCUGGAAGAUUCACUUCCGCCAACUCUGGAGGAUCUCUUCACCCGAACAAGCAAUGGAGUUCGUCGUUCUUCCGAGCUGUACAUUACUUCCUGCAACAUCAUGGAUCGUCUCGUCAAAAGAACAGAGGGUGUCGCAGCGGAUCAUGCGCGGGUUGCCAUGUCGCUCAUUUCGCUCACCGAAGCUUCUGCCGAUACCUACGCCACUGAUACGAGCGAGGUUGCGCUGCUCAACGACGGUUUGACAGCAAUGAGCAGGCAUUUGAGUAAUUGCCAGACUCUACUCGAAGACGAAAGCCGGGGAUGGGAAGAAGGCGUGCUUGAGGAUCUGAAGCGACAGCGAGAUGCUCUGGUCAGCCUCCGCGAGCUGUUUGAGCGAAGAGAGCGGUUGGACAAGGACAACAUCCCAUAUCUGGAAAAAAGAAUACAGGCCAAUGAGGCCAAGCUGGACAACUUGCGAUCCAAGUCAGAGGGUCUCGUCAAGCCGGGGGAGAUUGAAAAGGUGGCAGAGGCCAUCAUCAAGGACAAGGAGUCUAUUGUGCAACAGCACAGCCGUUCCAUCUUCGUCAAGGAGUGUCUCCGAGACGAGCUCAUCACUUUCCAGUCAACCCAGUACCACGUCAGCAAAUGGAACCAAGACUGGGCUGGCGAGCGCGUCAAAUAUGCGGAGAUGCUGGCGGAUAACUGGCGCCGCCUAUUAGAUGCUCUGGAGGGCAUGCCUCUGGGCGAUUAAACGCGCUGAAUAUGAGGGGGGGACGAACUACAUGUCUAUAUGUAUAUACGUGUCCAUGCAUUGAUAUAGGAUAGCGAGGGAGAGCAGAUGUGCAAAGUUUUAUGAGACUGGUUUGAUUGAUUGGUUUUAGAGAAGGCGGCAGUCGAGGACGAUACCCUUCGAUUUCUUUUUUUACUUUUACUUGUUCUCAUUUGUUUUUGCUUUACGUACCUGUAUGAAGCUUGAAAACGAAUUCCCUUUCUUGCCCCCUUUUUUUCCUACGUUGAGCGGGUGAAGGGUCUUGAUAAUUCCCAUCUUUUGUCAUGCUAUCAUAAAGCGAACUGUCUUGAGCAUUCCAUCUUUCAUUAUAUUUCCCUUGAUACAAGUUGUUCAACGCAAACUGAGUGAAGACGCUUACCAUCCGUCUGUUACAGCUCCGUGGCUCGCGUCGCCUACCAACCGCGCAUACUUGGCCAGCACGCCUCUCUUGAUCUUUGGUUCUGGCGGCGUCCACUUCUUCCUUCGCUCUUCCAUCUCCUCGUCUGAUAUGGCAACGUCGAUUCUAUUCGACUCAGCGUCGAUGGUGAUUUCAUCUCCGUCCUGGACCAACGCAAUCGGCCCUCCUACCACUGCCUCGGGCGUUACGUGGCCCACGAUGAAGCCGUGAGAGGCACCGCUGUACCGACCGUCCGUCACGAGCGCAACGUUGCUCAAUCCCGCGCCCAUGAUGAUUGCCGACGCUCGCAGCUGCUCCGGCAUGCCUGGGCCGCCCUUGGGUCCCUCGUACCGCACAAUCAGCACGAGGUUGCCGUCGUCGCGCUUGAUCUGGCCCUUUGUCAGGGCAGUGUUGAGCUCGUGCUCCUUGUUGAACACGCGGGCCUUGCCGGUGAAGGAGAGGCCCUCCUUGCCGGUGAUUUUGGCC